AAACUCAUUCAUGCAAAGCAGGCUUCUGUUCGCGGGGAGUUCGCCCCAGAUCCUCAAGGCGAAGGCUCUCCCCGUGCCGUGCCGCGUAGUAAAGGGCGAAAAACGCCACGGACAUUGUAUUUGUAGCCCUUUACUACGGACUGAAGGGCGGACAUCGUUCCGUGGCCUCCUUCCUGGCCUCGGCUCUACAACGUCAUGUUCGCUUGUGCGUGUUGCGUUUUUUCAAGCACGUCAAUAAUCGACCGCCCCACAACAGCGAGCGCGGCCGGCGGGGUUUAAUCCUCACGCCCGCGUACCUUGUUUGGUUUGGUGUCGCUGCUACGUACGGGGCGGUUGGAACGAUGUCGGUGGCGUUUGUCGCCCUUAGCGGCGACAGCAGCGGCCAGCAAGGCGCUCACCUGGGGCCCAAAGACGCGCAGCUCCACGAGCUGCGCUCUGGUUGCGGGAAGGCGAGCUGCGUGCUAUCGUACGACGGUGUGCACGAUGGCCUGUUCCGCUACAGCAGCCGCUCGUUCUUCAGCCUCCGCCACAUGUACACGUAUGCGGACCAGCUCAUUGGCAGCGGCAUGAAGGUGGAGGCAUAUGCCAAGUCGCAGCAGCGCCUCGUGGCCACCACGCUGCCGCCAGACGCCCAGCGGCCGCAGCACUUCACGGCAGUGCUCGUAUCUUCCUUCUUUUCGACAGAUAAGAAAUUUCUUAUUCUUAAGUCCAAAAAUCUGUGAAAACGCUUCAGGUUUUGGGGGGUCUUUCUGAGAAUCGCAGAAGACAUUUUGGGGCAGGGGUUCGGGGUGUCCAACUCGGCGGUUAGCUGUCGGUUGCCACCGACAUUUGGUCCCGCCGACCCCCCUGGAAGUGGGCAGGCUGAGCCCGCAGUGCGCCGGGCGAAUACCUAUGACAACUUAGACUUAUAAUACGUCGCGCGGCAUCCCCCAAAGCUGUGGCGGAGUAUCGCGCAUUCUCAAAGCAUGGAUGUUGGCCUCAAGCCCCAGGCGCGAGCGCCGGCCGCCCGGUAUCGCCCCAGAACGUUAACUUGCGGACCCUGAGGCCCGGCGGGAGCGCAUACGGGCUGUCUUGGGGGGUUUCUGUCACUUGUCCGGGUCCAAGGCAAGGGCGACUGAGGUUCUCCAGGAUCUACGGCCGUGUCCUGCUGGCACCAUGGGGGCACACCACGAUAGGCCAGCCUUCUACCAGGGUAGUCAUGCCGUGGGUGAGUGAGCAUGAUGAGCGUGGGUGAGGGCGCUGGGGUUUGGCGUGGGGAUGGGCCACGAUUUGCCAUGGAGCCAUGGAGCCGGUGCCUGCUUCAGCAACGUCGUGUUAACAUGGCAACAGCAACCGCACCCCGCACGCUGCAACAAUGGCACAUCCCGUGCGGCAGAAUAUAUUGCUAUGUCGGAGGCGGGACGUAGGCUGGGGGCAACAGCAACCUCACCCCGCACGCUGUAACAAUGGCACAUCCCGUGCGGCAGAGUAUUUUGCUGUGCCGGAGCCGGAACGUGGGCUGGGGGCAACAGCAACCUCAUCCCGCACGCUGUAACAGGGCAAGCCU